AUGGAGCGACUCGAGCGCUGGGUACAAGACGCGUUCGCGCCCGUCGUGCUCACGUGCGCCACGUCAGAGGCCGAGCGCCUCGUGCAGAAGAACGGCCUGUCGCCCGCCGACCUCUUCAACGGCUUCUCGCGCCUCGAAGACGCCGAUACACCGCUGCGCUCCGUGACGCAUCCGGUGCAACUCGCGCGCUGGACGUUCCGCUUCCUCGCGGCCGCGGCGCUCCGCGUGUCGGGCCCGCAAGAAGCCUCUGCGCUCCUGAACGACAGUGUCGAGAGGUGUCCGCCGCGCCACAGCGCCGCGUCGGCCGUCGCGCUCAAUGUCCCGCGACUCGCGAGGACCGAAGACGUGGCGACGUACCUGCGCGUGACUGGCCUCGACACGGACGAAGAGGAGAGAGAGGCCGAAGACGAAGAGGAGAGAGAGGACACGUGCAGUCUGCCGUGGUACCAGUCGUUCAAGCAGACGCUCAUGGACACGUUUCGCUGUGAAGAGUACAGUCUGCUGAGUCACCCCGUGGCGAUGCUGGUCGUCCUUAGCUCGACGGACGCGAACCCACGUCACUGUCUCGAAGAGCUCGUGGCGCCGCGGCACCUGCCUGCACCGUUCCAGCAAGGCCUGUACGAUGCGGCGCUGGUGCCCAAGUUUUACGUGGUGCUGCACGAUGUGCAGGAGACGGACGGCACGUCGAUUGAUCCGGACGGGAUCUUGGCCAGUGUGAACGUCACGACGGCCAAUGGAGCUGUGCUGCGGAUCAACUCGGUGCCGGUGGCAACUGCCGUCGUGCCGUCGCCGUUUGCGACACGGUGGACGGAGAAUCCGUACGUGAGACCACUGCUGUCUCGUCGUGAGAGUGGGACUCAGCUGCAAGUGAGCGACGGAGUGGGCGCGUUGCUGUCGGGGGAGGACGUAGCACAGAUCCAGGCGUUUGUACGGGAGUUUGGCCUGCGCUUCAUGGUAUCGUCGCUCGAACGACGGAUCGUGCAGCUGAAUGAAGUGGUGUCGGCCAUGAAAAAAGGCGUGAAGAACGUUUUCAAGUCGUGGCUGCGCAAACCCAAGGACUUGCGCUCGUCGAGUGCCUCGACGUCGGGAAGCGUCACUUACAAGUACGACUCGAUUGAGUCGCAGACCCGCCUUCUUGCCGACACUGCAUUUCUGGUACGAGACUACGACUUGGCUCUGCAAAUGUACCGCUUGGUGCGUGAAGACUUCAAAUCGGACAAGUCCAUGUUCCAUUGCGCCAAUGCCAAUGAGAUGCUUGCCCUCUGCCUGCUUCUGACGAAGGGAUCGCCGAUGCAAAUGACAAAUGCUCUUGAGUCGGCCAUGUCAAUUUACGCCAAAACGCUCUCUCCAUUGACCCAGCGUCUAUCUGUUCGUGCGGCGGUCAUUGCUGGUGAGAUCUACCACACGCUAAGCAAGUCCGGUCUGUUUACAGACUACAUGUAUCAUGCAUCGGCUGCCCUGGUCCGUGGCUCAACGGUGGAGCAAGGCAUUUGCGCGGCAGUUCUCAUGGAGCGUGCAGCGCUGUGUGAUCUUCGCGCGCGACAGCCGAAAUUUCGCAAGUACGGGUUCAGAAUGGUUAUGGCUGGUCACGCGUAUAGUUCCCUCGGGCACGAGCAGCAUUCUGCGAGAUGCUACUCUUUGGCGCGCGCAGUAUACGACUGCAGUGGCUGGUAUCUUGUCGAAGACCAUAUCAACUUUAUGCUCGCGCAGCAAGCAAACAAGACAGGCGAUCGCAUGGCCUCCAUCAAUCUAUUCCUCAAGCUCAUCGGCACGGGUCGGAACUCUGCAAGUCAGCAAGAAGCGAUGCUGUACGACUUCGGUGUGAUGGUGAAGGACUUUCUGUCGUUAGGAGGGGCUGACGCGCCCCCAUCUCCAUGUGCUCCGGGCAGGCCGAUACUGACAAUAAAUAGUGGCGGCACGAAGACACUUCUCGUGAAGGAUUUAUGCAUGCCCGAGCUGGACGACUCGUCGACCGUUGUGUUCGCCUCGACCAACGCGUUCGGUGUUGACCGGUCCAUUGAUGGCAAUGUAGCUGAAGCGGAAAUGUGGCAAGAGCUUGAGGAAAUUAUCGACAAGCAGAAUCGACUGCACCAAUAUGUCACGUCGUGCAAGACCAACGAAGCAAAGAGCUGGUUUGUAUCUUCGCACGUGUAUGCUGGCUAUCGCGGCAAAAGGGAUGCUGCACCCGAGAGACCGCAAAACCAUGUCGUGGGAGAACAAAUCUACGUCGAGUUUGUGAUGAAAAAUGCGCUUUCGUGUGCAGUGGACGUCAAAGAAGUUCAUUUGUAUGGAAAAUUCGAGACCCACGACGACAACCGAGAAGUAUUUGAUGUUCCCGAGAAGAAAGAGCUUGGUAGUCAACGUGUUGUGGUCGACAGUGUGAACCUUCAACUUUUGCCGUGCAGUGAGGAACGCGUCCGCGUUGCAGUAUGCCCGAACAUUUGUGGCAAGCUAAGUCUGACAGGCAUCCGAUGGUCAAUAUGCGGAGGGGACGUCCAGGGCGAGCACGCCUUCGACAUCCCUGGCCCGCUGCUGCAAGAUACUAGAGCGCACCGAGAAGCCCGAGCUCGAGCACCGAACAUGAGUCUCAUCGCUACGGUUGUUAAGUCUAUGCCAUGGCUCGGUGUAAAAAUUGAAGGCAUGCCUGCCGAAGCUUUUGUUGGCGAGCUCAUAAACCUCGAUAUCGUACUCGUCAACUCGGGCACGGCAGCUCUAUCUGGUCUCCAGGUUUGCUGCACUGACCUGCUGAUAUGCGUGUCGGAAACGGGCGCCGCAAACAAUUUGUGUGGAUAUAUUGGAGCUAGCGGUCACGUCGCCGAUUUGAGUGACGUGGUAUUGGCGCCCGGCGAAACAAGGAAAGUCACGAUGUGGGCACGAGGACUUACGCCUGGGCGACGCGAUGCGGCCCUCUUGUUUAAAUACGCGACUUUGUCCGACGUAGGUACAGUGGGUGCGAACUCGACGCUGACACGUACAGUGAGAGUGAAGCUUGAUCUGGACUUCUUGCCGUGCGUCGAUGUGUCUUACUCCGUCGAACCAAGCUUUGGUGCCAGCAACGAAUACAUCAUUGGUAUCACCGUGUCAAACCAGCGGGAAGAUUACAGCGAAGUGAGUAGGCCUCUGGAUGGAGAAGUUCGACUGGAGGAGCUGCAUUUUGUAAGUGAGUCCUGGACGAUUGAGACCUUGGCACGUCCACAUUAUCAGAAAACUACGGAGGUGCGUGAUUCACUAAGUUUGGGGUUUCUCGAAGCUAGCACGAGCUACUUUCGCGUAAUUCCGCGGCCGAGUACUUCUACAGGUACAUUUGCAUCGUGCAAGCUAGCUCUCCAUGCAGCGCGCAGCGGUGUCGAUUUGUCUUUAGCAUUGCCGAUUGAGCAAUUUCUGUGUUCGGAGAAUGCUGCGGACCUCGUUCGCACUGGUCGUGCUGGAAAAAGUGAUGGCUCAGGAAGUAAAGGAAAGCGCGGUGGUGGCUUUCGAACGAUCCAAAGUGUGCGACGAGAGAAUAAGGCAAUGAAAAAUGCGGCUGCUGACGAUGACAGCGACAGGAAGAUACAGCAAAACUUUCAGCCGACGUCGAGAGAUGCACUGCUGUCUGAGCUCCACACGGAUGGACAUCUUGUGCUUGUGUGGUCGACUGGGAGCACCUCACCGUUCAGCAACAACUCUGCUGGGGUAUCUUCUCGUCAAGCAAUAGGUCAAACUAAUCUGACGGCAGUGCAAGUCCGGCCGCCACUUCAGAACAGCUCAUGUCCGCUGACUGUCACGCUCUGUUACGAGAACUCUGUAGACCUGAAGUGCACAAAGCAUCAUGGAUUAACAGCAGCGUUAAGCAUUGCGGAAUUAGAUAUCGCAAUGCGCGUGUGCAACGCCUCAUCGCCUGGUUCAGCUCCACUUGAUGUCACCAUCGAGAUGCUACACCCCGAAGAAGCCCAGGCAUCGCCUGCCACUGUUGCAUCAUUGACGAAGCUACACGCAAUCGAUUCUGGGGCACCUUCACUGCGUAGCGCACCGCGUUUUUUCUGGACGGGCGUUGCCAAGAAGAAGUUGGCGCGCUUUUCGCCCAACAGCCACGUAACGAUUAACCUAAAGGCUUGCUUUGUCGAGCCAGGCGUCUACAAUCUCAACCGGUUUCGAUUCAUUGUGCGAUCUGCCCUACCAAACGGGCAGUCGGCAGGUACAUAUGUGAUCCCCGCAGAGUAUCUCGUAUACGUGAGAGACCCGCAGCGAGUGUCAGCUGCGCUUUCGCAAACACAAUCCAAGCAGACGAUCGAUAGUCUACUUGCACCGUUUGACAUGCUUGCGGUCUAA